AUGACUGAACUUGUCUCAGAGCUACAAUACCCCAUAUUGAUAUCCGGGGUAGCCAUGUGCAGUGGGGGCCAAAAGUAUUUCAACAAGUCAGAGGUACUGUAUAGAGCACUUUGUUUUCUGCGAAGACACAUUGAGACGUGUUGGUGGUGUAUACUUAGAUGUGGGCAAAUACCUUUUACCACCGACUGCAUUUGCAGUGAGGGGCCAAAAGUAAUUGAAUUCGUAAAAGGUGUAAAGAACCGCAUACAGAAAGGAUCCUACGCCACCAAUAUACCGUACUGCACUGCAAUGCAAUCUGUCGAGGGAAAAGUGAUACCUGAUAGAGAUUCCACCUGGUUGGCGGCGGUUGAAGUUUUGAUCCCGGUAAGUGCGCCAAUGUCGUGA